AACGGGGAGAGCAAUGCACUGUCUGGGGGGAAAUUUCUUACGACGGAGGAAGUCAAGAGCAUUGCAUUCCCCUGCUUCCUCGACCGCUGCCUUCUACUCGUCACUGUGGUUCCUGGUGUUAGAUGUUCAGGCGCUAUGUCGAUAAAGCGGAUAUGGCUUGGCAGUCUAAUGGGGCUGAUGGUCGUGGUGGCCAACGCAGCUGCCCAGGACGCCCCCGAAACGACCACAGCCGCCGAGAAUAAGACGGAAACGACCACCACGCGCCCUCCACUCACCGGCAACCCCCAGAUCGACUACAAGUACGACCCCAAUCUACCCCACGAGCUCCUGGGGUACGACCUCAGCGACUACCCCUUCUACGCGCGCCUGCCCCCGGAUCUCCUCGACCCCAGCUUCAACUUCACCUGCGACGACCGCCACGACGGGUUCUAUGCCUCCGUGCCGCAUAAGUGCCAGGUGUAUCACAACUGUCUCUUCGGACAACGUUACGACUUCCUGUGUGCUAAUUACACGGUGUUCGACCAAAAGAACUUUAUUUGCCAUUAUGUCAGCGAAGUGGACUGCGCCAACUCGGAGAAACAUUAUGACAGGAACGACGAGCUCUACGAGACCACGACCACGACUACCACCACGCCGGCGCCGCCGCAGAUCAUCUACGUGGAGCGCCCCCGCCCGCUGGCCAACCGCGUGCGCCCCAACAUGAACCGGCCGCAGCGCCCCAGUGGUCCUCGUCCCGGCAAGCGCCCUUUAAAGCGACGCCCCAGUACCACCACGCCCCCGCCCGAGUACGACUACGACUACUACUACGACCAGUACUAUGAUCAGUAUUAUGACUACUACAACGACUACGCCAACGAGAGGACGACAACCACCACCACCACCACGACUCAGAGGCCCCGUCGUCCCCUCCGGCCGCAGAGGACCCGCCUGGGCACCCGCAACAACGUGGAGGACCGAUCGCGCCCCGCGGGACGCUUCGGGGGCGUGUUCAGCGUGAGGGACCGCCAGCGCCCCAGAAUCAACCCGCCGGUGCCCCAGGACGCCGCCGAGGAGGAGUUCCGCCCCCGGGCCUCCCGCCUGCAGCAGGACGGCCCCCAGAGGCGCCAGAACCAGAACGACGACGGAGCAGGCCAGGGUUCCAGACCCCAGGGAUCAGGGCAGCGUCGUCGCCGCCCACGACCUUCCAAGAAGACGACGACGACCACCACCACCACAGAGGCUGCACCUGAUUACUACUACGACGACUACUACGAGUACUACGACGAUGAGCCGUCGUCGACCACCACCACGACGACCACCGCCGCGCCGUCCCGCUCGAGGCUAGGCUCCAGGGGCAGACCCAGGCGUCCCGAAGCCACCACGCCCUCCACCACCACGACGACCGCCCCCGAGGAGCCCUCCCCACAAGAGCCCUCGGGAGGUCGCGACUCCCGCCCCGGACGCGUGAAUAUCAGAAAGAACCCUGUCGGUGGCCGUCGCCCCACACCGACACCCGUGGAAGAGGAAGAGCCGGCAGAGCCCCAGGAGGCCGCCCCUACACCUCAGCGCAGAAGACCGAGCUUCCCCCGACGUCGGCAGCAAAGCGAGCCCGAGGUGGUGCUUGAGGACGCCCCCUUGGCACCUGAGAUCGAGGAGGACUCCGUAGACGCGAGUCCCGACGUGGCACCAUCAGGAGGAGCCCGGAGACUGAGAAGGCCUAUCAGGCGAGGUUCAGGUGUGCGCGGGGGCGGCGCUCCUCAGAGCUCCAGCCCUGACUACUACGACUACUAGCACCUGAUAUUUAUUGUGUACAGCCACUACCUUCUUCUUGUUUUGUAUAUUAGUUGUAUUUGUUUAUAAGUAUAAAUCUUUUAAUAAACAACCGUUCUUAA